AACAGCGCAUGUCAGUUGCGGCCUCUCUCCACGUCGCUGCGCCGCCGACAAUGGCAGGAGGUGUGCGGAGAAAGUGUCCCGGUGCCCCGGCCCCGCUGUGGGGGAAACUUCAGACGCUGUGGCAGGACAAACAUUUGGUCUUGUUCAAGACGGAGUACACGUUACUGGUCGUUUCUGUUCUGUGGUUCUUGGAAAUCGGGAUCAACGUGUGGGUCAUACAAAAAGUAGCAUACACUGAGAUAGACUGGAAAGCCUACAUGGAUGAAGUAGAGGGCGUCAUCAAUGGUACCUACGACUACACCCAGCUCAAAGGAGACACCGGCCCCUUGGUGUAUCCGGCUGGCUUUGUCUACAUCUUCACAGCUCUCUACUACAUCACCAACCAUGGGGUGAACAUUCGUCUGGGCCAGUACCUUUUUGCUGUUUUCUACCUCAUCACACUGCUUCUCGUCUUCAGGAUAUACUAUCGCACUAAGAAGGUUCCUCCCUACGUGUUCUUCUUUGUGUGCUGCGCUUCUUAUCGGAUCCACUCCAUCUUUGUGCUGCGUCUGUUUAAUGAUCCAGUGGCCAUGAUGCUGCUGUUUGCAGCUGUCAACCUCUUCAUGGAUGGAUACUGGACCCUGGGCUGCGGCAUUUACAGUUUAGCAGUGUCUGUGAAAAUGAAUGUGCUGCUUUUUGCUCCCGGGCUGCUACUCCUCCUCCUCUCUGAGUUUGGUCUAAUCAGGACAAUCCCCAGACUUUCUCUGUGUGCGGCCAUACAGCUUUUGCUGGGUCUGCCUUUCCUCCUGGAGAAUCCGUUUGGCUAUUUGAGCCGGGCGUUUGAUCUUGGCCGUCAGUUUAUGUUCAAGUGGACGGUCAACUGGCGCUUCCUGCCAGAAUGGCUCUUUUUGAAUCGGUACUUCCACUUACUCCUGCUGGCUGCCCACCUGCUCACCCUGCUGCUCUUCGCUCUCCGCCGUUGGAAGAGACCAGGAGAAAGCAUCUUUGAACUCCUCAAGGAUCCAAGCAAGAGAAAAAACCCUGCUCAGAAAAACACUGUUGAUCAGAUUGUACUGAUUCUGUUCACCUCUAACUUCAUUGGCAUGUGCUUCAGCCGUUCGUUGCACUACCAGUUCUACGUCUGGUACUUCCACACGCUGCCUUACCUGCUCUGGAGUGGAGGAGUCAAGAAGCUUGCCCACCUGCUCAGGGUCCUGAUCCUGGGUCUGAUUGAGCUUUCGUGGAACACCUACCCCUCUACUAACAGCAGCUCAGCCGCCCUCCACGUCUGUCACCUCAUCAUCCUACUCUCUCUGUGGCUGGCUCCGCCCCUGCCUUCAGCCCCAGCAGAAACCCAAGAAGACACACCUGCCAAAGACAAACGCCAGUGAGCCACAGCCUGAUCGGACCGGCGUUGUAUUUAGUCUAAUCAGCUGCCGAACAGCCUUCAUCUUCCUCCUCUCUUUGAUCUUCACAACUCCAGUGCAGAGGGAGGUCACUGGGGUAGACUGUUACGAGUGAAUACAAGGAGCCAUUUGAUACUUCUCAUCUCAGAUCGCUGCUAAAAGUGAAGAAAGCUAACGUGUGGGCGCAGUGUGCAAAGAGACACCUACAUGAUGAAAUGGCUUGCAGUUGAAGAGAUGAAAAGAGAAAGGAAAUAUGGAUUCUCAGGUUUCAUUUUCAGAUACAUAAUAAGAAGAGUGGAGUACAGUGCUAGGAGGAAAUUAUGAAUGUUUUGCGGUUUUGAAAGAAUGUGUUACAUAGGCUAUAUUUCUACAAAUUAUCGCAUUAUUAAAUCUGCACUCUGCCCGAUUCCCUUGUUGGAUAUUGUGAUAUUAUCAAAACCUGUUAUUUACCAGUGCAUAAAUGAUCUUGUACAUUGUAUUAAGAAUGCACUAUAUUGAAGAAUAUUAUUAAUGUGAUACACAACUUAAACUUGGCUCCAAAAGCUUUAAAUUAAUUGCAUCAAUGACAUUUUCACUUGCUACAGUAGUUGCAGUAUUCUCCAGUACCAGGCCAAAACUAUUUUCCAGUAGUCAUUUUACAUAAAUGUGUAAAACUAAGCUGUAGACAAUCAUUUCUGAUUCGUUACGUAAUUCGUUCAUCCACUGUUGAGAGUGGGUCACCACACUCAUAAGCCUAUAAUGUAGAUUUAAUGUGAAAAAUAAGCAGACUGAGGCAGCAAAAGUGUGACAUUUUAUAUUAAACAGAGAUGCCACUUAA